AUGACAGCUCCCAACUCUGUUGACUUUGCAAGUAUCCUGCAGGCGCUGCAGCCGCUUGUCACCUUUGCCCAAAAUCUGCAGCCGCAGAACACAUCGACAUCCAGUCCCACUGCCUCCCUUCUGCCCACUCAAUCAAACUCUGCACCCCCUGUGGCAACCCGCUAUGCGCGGUCCUCGCUCCCGACCGCCCCUCAAGGCUAUCCGAACACUGCUGGAACUUCCUUCGCUGGAAUAGGCUUCAACUCGCUGGUUCGAAAUGGCAUCGGUCCUAACUCGAGCAUCCCCCGCUUCCCCUCCACUCGCUCCCGCCCAGGCUCCGCGGCUCUUAGCUCCGCAAACGACCGGCGCCUUUCUGCCGCCGAAGCGCAUGGCCCAACAGCGUCUUCAAGUCAGCUUCCCAUUCGUCGUGCCCGACGAGGGCCUGCAAGGCAUGCGCCCAGCACAACAUCAAAUCCCCAGGCGGCUGCUGUGUUGUCUGUCCGACGCCAUAGCGAGAUCACGCUCUCCGCUACAGACGUCGCUAUCCGGCAUGUAGUCUUUACACCAACGUCCAGCGCCAACCUUGCUGUGCCGCAAACAUUAUGGAACGAAUUCCUUGAGUUUGGGACCGCCCAUGGCUUAAUCCUCGAGACCGUCGUAUCGCAGGACAUUACGCUCGGAGAUAUGACCCCCGAUAUCAUCAAUUGGCUCGAGGCCGGGCCGGGCCGGUGGAAACUCGGAUCCUCGUCGACGGAAAUAACGCGUUACUUGCGAACGCGACUGCCUUCCCUCCAACACCUGCGUCUUCUCAACAAAGGAACCGCCCGAGGUGACGGCUCCAUCAUGUUGGGACGCGUCACCAUCGACUCCAUGCUUUCGGUCAGCCAGAUGCUGACCGAGCGGGCCUCCGAAUUUGCCAAGCAUGGCAUCUGUCUUCGCGACAAUCGCCUCCACAUCUUUUGGGUCAUCGCGAACAACAACGUCUCAUGUGUUGCAAGUGUCGACAACGGCCCCAAACGCCGCCACAGCGCAUGCAUCCCUGCCCUCCAACAUGCUCUCUUUUGCUCUGAAACGAGUCUGGGUGUCGCCGAGGACUGGGAAGGGCCUGCGGAGUGCGAGUCGGGUGGUGAAACGGACGACGAGUUUGAGAUCGAUGAUAUACUUAUGCGGGACGACGAUGACCUGGCAGCCACGCCGACGCCCCGACCUCGGAGGAACGCCGCCGGGGAAUCAGCCUCGGUGGAGUCGAGCAACCUACCCAGCAAUAGUGCAGCGGUGAAUUCUACCACAACGGCAAUCCGUCCACUGCAUCCUCUGUCUGUUUCGUUCCAGCUCCGCGGCCAAGGCGCUGUUUUUGCAGAUUACACGCCGCCUGCCGGAACAGCAGCGAUGCGUGAAGUACACUUCGCUCCUGACCUUGCUGUGGCUGCGACGAAGGCUGCGUCGGAUGGGAACGUCCCUGCCGAGUUGAUUGUCGAAGGCGAGACGAAUGCGGACAUGGCGCAGGACUUGAUCCGUGUUAUCAAGGACUGCUACGAAGACGGUCAUUUUGAUAUGGUCCUGACGUCGGAUCGAACGUUCCGUCGUAUCAAGAUCGAUCCACGGACAGGAGAGAAAAAGAAGGUUGCUGAUGGGAUGGGUGUGGAACGAGAGGUCGUCUAUGCUGCCUUCCAGUUCUUCACGCAAGAACACGCGGGCCAAUUUCUGCUACACCGAGCCGACGAUUUCUGCAGCAUUGCGACAAUUCCCAAUCGGGCCAUCGUCAGCGAGGCGCGCAAAGCUUCAAUGGCUGCAUUUGGGUGCGUAACCGCCCUCAUGCUUGUUCACCAAAUGGCACCGUCGCCUCUCAUCUCCGGUCUCAUUUUACUUCCGGCCUGCCGAUUCGAUAUGCGCUGCUUCACACGCGCCUUCCUCGAAAAGAACCAUCCUGAGCUCGCGCUGGACAUCAUGAGGGUGAAGGAGGCGGGGCAUUUGGGCGACAUCUCGGACCGGCAAAUCCAUUUCUCAGUCUUUCACCAUGAUAUCCAGGUCGCUCAAUUCAAUGAACGCGCCGAACCUCAGCACGAAGCCCUUCUCUCCGCGAUGGUUUUAGCUGGUAUUAUCGGCGGGCAGCAGACGGACGGACCAGAGGCCAUCGCAUGGUACACCGGGCUCAACUCUCUUUGUUCUAAUGGGUUCUCCGUGCUCGAGCUUCUCCGGUCCGCCCCAGGCGGAGUUUACUCCUUCCUAGAGACGGUGUAUGGCACUAUCAUUCGAGAUCCCAGUGAUUUCAUGGAGGCCGUCUCUGUCAAUGGGCUGCCACGCCUUGCUGCCCAAGCGCUAUCGGGCCUGGAUAACGUGGUGCAAGCCAUGGUCAUGCGAAAGGUCAUAUCCGAAUUCCUCGCUCGUACCGGAAUCCCUAACCUUGACGAGUUCGACGCCAUCCGUGGGAGUCUGAGCCCUCAGAUUCAGUUCGACGACGCCGACGGCAUCGCAUUCCGUAGCCGGCUUGCUGCGUGGGCCAUAACUGGCAGUCCCCAUCUGCCAUCGCGCAACGAGCUCAGCCAGAUGAAAAUUAGUUUCAUCCUCCCAACAGAGCCGAUCUAUUUGGCGUGCGUUCGGAAUACUGACUUCCAUUACGAGGCCGGUAACAUUCUGUUCCGUGCGUGCUUCCGUUCCGCCUAUAUUCCCUAUGGAUUCCUCGUCAAACUUUGCGCCAAGACAUAUCCCACGCUUGACGAGGCUGGCAACGCGGUCGCCCCAUUCACGCUGGAGGAGGCCAUCGACAACUGGCUUUUUUUGCAGUUCAUUAACGCAAUUGGUGGUCAUAGUAUUGCAUAG